AUGUAUUACUUUAAUUCUCAAUUUUGUAACAAUACUUGUCUUUCUGUUCCUAAUUCUAUCCUGGGAAACAUUGGUGGGACUUAUAACCACCUUGAAGGCUUACCAGAAGACUUAGGAGGUGUUGAGGUGAUUGAACCUCUUGAAGGCAUCCCUAGGGAAACUGGAGGUACUGUGGAUUCUCCACUUGAAAGUAUCCUGGUAGAACUGCACAAUUUUGCAGAGGUAUUUUCUGAGGACAUGAAGGUGACAGAACUGCCACUGCACUGUCCUUUUGAUUUAGGGAUUGAUUUAAUCAAUCCUGAUAAACCUGUUAAGGCUAUGGUAUACCCCUUGAAGACGUCUGAUGAUGAGGAACUUAGAAAACUCCUAAAGGAACAAUUGGACAAAGCAUUGAUUUGCCCAUCCAAAUCCAAAUAUGGUUCCCCAGUUCACUUUGUUAAGAGUUGUUCUCUCAUUGAGAAACUGAGGGGCGCAAAAUACUUCUCCACCAUUGACCUGAAAUCUGGAUACAACUUAGUCCGGAUAAAGGAAGGUGAUGAAUGGCAGACUGCAUUUAAGACCAAAUAUGGCCUGUUUGAAUACCUAGUCAUGCCCUUUGGGUUAUGCAAUGCUCCUGCUGCAUUUCAGCACUUCAUGAAUGAGAUAUUUAGGGAUAUAUUGGACGUCCACAUAGUAGUGUAUCUAGACAACAUCCUAAUAUUCUCAGAAAGUAGGGAACUACACACAAAACAUCUCCAAGAGGUACUAAAAAGGCUGCAAGACAAUGCAUGCUAUUGUAACCUGGAGAAGUGUAAUUUCUAUGCAUCUGAAGUAGAUUACCUUGAUGUUAUUGCCAAUGGUGAGGGAGUAAAAGCAGACCCCAAGAAAAUCACUCAAGCAGUUGAUUGGGCAACACUGUGCUCUGUCAAAGGGGUUCAAGAGUUUUUGGGCUUUAUAAAUUUCUAUAGACACUUCAUACAUAACUUCUCAAAAUUGGCACAACCCUUAUACCAAUUACCCCAAAAGAAUAUACCUUGGGAGUCUUUUAAAGCUCUCAAACUGGCUCUAAUUGAAUCUCCUGUUUUAAUCCAACCUGAUCCAUACAAGGAAUUCUUCCUUGAGUGUGACGCCCCUGAUCUUGCAACAGGUGCUGUCCUUAAGCAAAAGGGCAGUGAUGAUAAACUACACCCAGUUGCAUUCCUAUCAAAAUCCCUAGCACCCGCUGAAAGAAACUAUGACAUCUUUGAUAAAGAGUUACUAGCAGUAGUAAGGGCUUUAAAGGAAUGGCGCCACCUGCUGGAAGGAACAGUAAUCCUGGUCAAAAUACUGACAGACCAUAAAAAUCUGGAGUAUUUCCAGACAAAAAGGGAUCUGAACCAAAGGCAGUUAAGGUGGAUGGGAUUUUUGGCAGAUUACAACUAUAGGAUUGUGUAUAGGCCAGGUGCACAGAAUAGAAAAGCAUAUAUUCUCUCUUGCAAUGAAGACCACAAGUCUGCGGUUAAAGAGGGGGGUGAAACCCCUGUGCUCAUAAGCCCAGAGCUUUUUAUUGCAGCUAUUCAAACAGAUAGUGACCUUAAUGACCUAAUAAGGGACGCUCUGCAUGAUGAUAAAGCUGUACACAAGAUCCUUAAAUCCUUGGAAGAGGAUAUACCUGUUAAAGGAUGGAAGAUUGAUAAUGGCCUACUCUACUAUCAUGAUUGGAUUUAUGUCCCCAAUGAGCCAGAAAUCAGGAGGGCUGUCCUAGAAAGCAGGCAUGAUAACCCUUCCACAGAACACCCAGGACAAUUCAGAACCCUAGACCUCCUUUCAAGGGAUUACUAUUGGUCAGGGAUGAAACAGUCUGUAACAAAAUAUGUCCAAGUAUGCAACUCAUGCAUAUGCAGUAAACAUUCCAACCAGGCUCCUGAAGGUCUCCUUCAAAACAUAGAUUUACCCAAUAAGCCCUGGGAGGAAAUAAUGUAUGACUUGAUUGUAGGACUCCCCACCUCUGAAGGGUAUGAUGCAAUAUUAACAGUAGUGGACUGUUUAUCCCAAAUGGUUCAUUUUAUACCAAUGCACUCUGAUGCUACUGCUGUUGAUGUUGCAAAUCUCUUUGUAUCCUUUGUGUGGAAGUUACAUGGGUUACCCAGGAAAACCAUUUUGGACCAAGGCCCCCAAUUUAAUGCAAAGUUCCUGAGACAAGUCUACAAGUGUUUGGGGAUAGAACCACAUUUCUCCACUGCAUACAGACCCCAAGUUGAUGGACAAAGUGAAUGCUUAAACCAGUUUGUGGAAAUCUACCUCUGCCAUUAUAUCAACUAUAGACAAACAGACUGGGUUGCUUGA